UCUAGGAUGGGGUGGAGAAACCAGACCUUCAACGUAGACUUCAUUCUACUGGGAAUUUUCAAUCACAGUCCCACCCACACAUUCCUCUUCUCUCUGGUCCUGGGCAUCUUCUCAGUGGCCUUCAUGGGAAACAUUGCCAUGAUUCUCCUCAUCUACCUGGACACACAACUCCACAGCCCCAUGUACUUCCUCCUCAGCCAGCUGUCCCUCAUGGAUCUCAUGCUUAUCUGCACCACUGUCCCCAAGAUAGCCUUCAGCUACUUGUUAGGCAGGAAGUCCAUCUCUUUGGCUGGCUGUGGAGCCCAGAUAUUCUUCUAUGUGUCCCUGCUUGGAGCUGAAUGUUUCCUGUUGGCUGUCAUGGCCUACGACCGCUAUGUGGCUAUAUGCCACCCCCUUAGAUACACCAUCCUCAUGAAUCAGAAACUCUGCGUCCUCAUGACUGUUGCUUCCUGGAUCUUAGGCGCUCUUGACGGCAUCAUUGUGCUUGCGGCCAUUCUGUCAUUCUCCUUCUGCAGCUCUCUGGAAAUACACCACUUUUUCUGUGAUGUAGCUGCUCUUUUACCUCUAUCUUGCACAGACACCUCUGCAUUUGAAAGACUGCUUUUCAUCUGCUGUGUGGUGAUGCUAAUCAUCCCAGUCUCAGUGAUCAUUGGUUCCUAUUCCAGAGUCCUUCGAGCUGUCAUCCACAUGGGCUCUGUGGAAAGUCGCCGCAAAGCUUUCACCACCUGCUCCUCCCACCUGUCUGUGGUUGGACUCUACUAUGGUGCAGCCAUGUUCAUGUACAUGAGGCCAGCCUCUCUUCAUACACCAGGCCAGGACAAAAUGGUAUCAGCCUUUUACACCAUCCUCACCCCCAUGCUGAACCCUCUCAUCUACAGCCUUCGCAACAAAGAGGUAUCCAGCGGAUUUCAGAAACUAUUGAGGAAAGGAAAAUUAGUAUAA